AUGGCUAUCGGAGGAGGAUGUUCCGUAUCCACAGCCCCUGUUGCUGCAUUCUCGCAUCUAUUUAAUGUGAUUCAGGUGUCAUACGCAUCUUCAACUCCUCAACUAUCAAACAAAUUGAAUUACCCAUUGUUUUUUCGCACAAAAUCAUCUGAUGUUGAUCAAAAUAUUGGUCGCAUAGCGAUCAUGAAAUAUUACGGAUGGAAGAGAGCGGCUACUUUAUAUCAAGACGAUAUGUACUUCGUUAUGGUCAUUCAUGACAUGAUUAGAAGAAUGCAAAUCAACGGUAUUAAAUUAUUAGCAUCGCUUGCACUGAGUAAUGACCCAUUUUCAGUUCUUAAAAUUAUACAGGAAACAGAUGCACGAAUUAUCAUCGUCCAUGCAUAUGAAAAUUAUUCAAGAGUUUUAUUUUGUGAA